UGCCACUGCUGCUAUAAUUUAUAUACAUAUUUACAAUAAACCUGUGCAUCAUAAAAUCUACGCAAAAAUAGCAUCAUUUGUUCUAGCACAUUACUGGAUCCUAAUAGAGUUGCAAGUGAGAGAACCAUCGGCUUUAGCCAUCUCUGAGUUGGGGACCUCGACUCGCGGCAAAUUAACAGUCUGCCACACCUUGUAGCUCUCUGGGUACUCAUCCUCUGGAGGAUGGAGCACUGUUCCAUUUGAUAACGAGGCAAUUUGCUCCGUUGUCGUCUGGAAACACGAGGGGCUUGUAGCGUUUGAAGUGAGCGAGGGAUUCAAUCUCUCUCCAGGCCUUUCUCCCAGCGUCAGAGUCACUGAUGGCUAUUGUGUCCACCCCACACAUGGAGCUCAUUGACUUGAGGUGGAGAACUGGAUGAUUGACAGUGACACCUGUCACUGGCCACUCGGGAAACACUCUCUUUAGCUGAUCAACUCCAGCCUUAUUAGUCCUCUUGGAGAGCCCUACGAGAAACUCGCGUCCAGUAAAUAUGACAUCCCCUCCGUCGACAAUAGCCUCAGGAUCAUCAACCUCGUAGAUUUGAAACCCCAUUUCUGCGAGCACGGGGCGCACGUGCUUGAUCUCUCCUUCACGCGACGCCUGGCCCAUCCUCGUGAUGAGCGCUUUGCCGUCCAGCACAACGGCCGGGUCCUCCACGUACACCAAAUCGGGCAAGGCGUCGUCUGCCGCAAUCUGCACCGCGUGCGGAAUCAGGUUUUUCACCUGCGUCAUGUAGUUUUCGUGCUGUCGCAUGGCCUUCUCGAGGUCGAUGGGCUUUGCAGGCUCCUGGUGUCGGAGUGAUUGAGCCACGAAACUAGGCGAGAGGGUACCGAAAACGACGCGGGUGUAGUGGAAAUAGUCGGCUGGAUCCGACGAGACGGCCCUCCGCUGGACGGCGCAUUUCCCCGCCGCUCGCCCCCUAGAGAUGCGCAGAAGAACGGAGGAAGUUGUUCUGAGCCACUUGGGUAGCAUAUCGUCGAUGUAGCAGCAGCUCUGUCUGAGAAACUCCGCGGCUAGCUAAUUAAUGUGUAUCAAGUGAUCAUGUGGUGGCCGUGGGUGUGUCGGGGGCGAGGCCUGCGCAUGCGCAGUUUGCCCACGCUGCAACAUCUCGAUCGCCGCGCCCUCUGAUCUCUUGCUCGCUCGCUCUUGCUAGCUUUACCACACGCCCGAAUCCAGUUUUCGGACUGUGGUUCGCCUCCAGUGGUACGCGCUCACUUUAUAUGCUGGAGCCAUGAAGAUCACGGUCAAGACAGUCGACUCUGCGUCAGCAGAGCUCGAAGUGACGGGAGAGAUGACAGUCCGUCAGCUCAAGUCGGAGAUAUACAAGAAAUUGUCGAUUCCACCUGGCAAGCAGCGGUUGCUGUUCAACGGAAACUGCCUUAGAGUGUCGAACAACACACUGGACCAGUACAGUAUACAGGAUGGGGCAGAGCUGAAGCUAGUGCUGGAAACUCCUCAACCAGAGGAAAAAGUGGGCACAUUACCUCAAAUCCCACCCGAUGAAGAGGCUGAAGGAGGGGAGGCUGGAGGCGAAGGGGAGGGGGCUGUGGGCGGACAAGUGGAAAGACAGCAACUUCAGGAGGAGCAGGAGAAAGAAGACGAAGAACACGAAAAGGAGAUGAAAGAAAAAGAAAAACGGGACUUGAAGGACAUCCAUAAACAUGUCACCAACACCAAAAAGUGCACAGAGUGGUCCAUCAAGAUUUUAGAUCGCUACGACAGAGCGGAAGCCAAGAGGUUGGAGUGGCAGCAGGCCAGGGAGGCAGGGGAGGACCUGGCCGGACUGGACAAAGAGGACGACCCUGACGAGAAGCCAGAGCCACGCAAACGGCGGUUCCCGUGGCGUGACGACGACGACGACUCUGCACUCCCCCCCUUCGAACCCAGCGACUACGUUGCUCUGAUGACCAAUAUCCAGGCGGCGCAGGACCGGGCAAGACCGAUGAUUGAACGCUACCAGACGCUGGUCACCACUGAUCCCACACUCUCUGUUGAGGAGGGUCUUCAGGCUGAGCGACUUGCUCAGACGGUAAAGGAAUUCAAUUACUACAUCGGCCACGCCCUCAUCUCGCUCUCGCGACUCGAAAUGACGAUGAACGCCCCGCCGCCGCGCCCCGUCAAACUGGCCCCCACCCGCCGGACGGAGAUGAGGAGGGUGAUGAGGGACCUGCGGAACAUGCCCCCCCGUGCCCCCUCCGGGUACAUCAUUGACAUUCAACGAGAGGGGGGACCCAUUCCCGUGGGGACCAGAAAUGCUCCGGCCCCCAGUGACCCCUUGACCUCCGUUGCACUAGGAUCAAAAGAUAAGAAGAAGAAGAAGGACGAUGACAAGAAGGAUGGAGCCGAUGGAGCCGAGGGCUCGGAUUCUGCUGCUGGAGCUGACAAGAAGGAAGAGGGAGGAGAGGGAGGAGAGGGAGGAGGGGAGGAGAGGGAGGAGAGGGAGGAGAGGGAGGAGAGGGAGGAGGAGGGGGAGAGAGAAGGAGGAGAAGACAGGACAAGAGCCAAUGGAGCAGAGUAGCGAGGAGGGAGCUGUGAAGGAGGCCAAGGAGACCACGGCAGAGGAAGGUGAGCCGAAGAAAGAGCGUACUCGUGAUGUGUUGGCCAAGCUGCUAACUGGGAUGGUGUCGGGAAUGAUGGGCUCUGAGGAGGAGGAGGAGGAGGGGGGAGAGGGGGAGGAGGGGAAGAAGGAAGGAGGGGGAGAGGAGAAGGAGGAGAAGAAGAAGAAAGAAGAGAAGAAGAAGGAAGAGAAGAAGAGGAGACCCAGAGACAGCGAUGAUGAAGACGAUGAUGACGACCCGAAGAAGACGUUUGCGGAGAAGUACGUGGGACCACCGGGGACCAUAGUGACCAUCCAGUCGAUCCCCCAGCCGCCGUUUGGGAUCCCGACGAUGAACCCUCAGCCGGGACCCAGUCUCUGCAUACGAAACACUGGAGACCCAGGCAAACCGGACGUGAAGGUGAAUUUCCCGAUGCCACCAGCACUCCAAAUGCUGCAGGACCUCCUGGGAGGGGACAGCAGCAGCGAGGAAGACGAAGUCCCCAACAAACCCGAGUCAGAACUGAAUGAGGAGGAGAAGGAGAAGAAACGCAAAAGGGACAAGAAGAAGGCGGACAAGGAGAGGAAGGAGAGAGAGAGAGAGGUCCGCCGCCAGAAGAGAGAGCGGGAGGAGAAGGAGGCCAAGGAGAAGGAGAGGGAACUGAGGCGGAAAGGGAUAGAGACGAAGGCCUUCACUCCCAGAGAGGAGGCCGACAUUGGGGAGCUGUCCGAUGCCGGGAGUGUCGACUCCCUGGACAGCCAGCACGACUAUCUGGAGACUCAUCACGUGGACAACCCAAUGGUUCGGUUGGCUCUAUCCGCAACCAACGACAUCGAGGGAGGUAUACAUGAGACAGUGUAUGACUCAAUGGUGGAUGCCUACGCCCAUAUGGGCCAGCCUCCCCCUGCAGAAGUGGCCGAGGAAACCGGCAUUAUGGAAAUGCUGUUUGAAGCUCUCUCGAAACACCUCUCAGUCCUGGAGACUAUGGCACUCAUGUGGGGAGUCGAAGCGCCAAUGAAGAAACUGCAGCCAUGUCUCUUCCAGUUUGUCAAAACGAGGCUCCUCAAGGGGGAGGACCCCACCGUUGCCCCGGAGAUGAAGAAAGCAGCUGUGACCAAGCUCCUCGCUCCCUUUAUUCCCUCCAUCGCCUCUACCAUGAAGACGAUAUUUCCAAAGGAGGGAGUCGACCUGCCGCGUACGCUCUACAACUCCCUCUACACAAGCAUGGAGGCCGUCUAUGACAUCAUCGUUAAAAAACACCAGGACAGCGCUGCGUUUGCCAAGCAGCUGCACCAGUGGGGGUCCAGGACGUCUCUCCUGUGCGCCGCUCUCCUCCAUCACACCUCUCGCAACGACGACCUCUACGAGGACGCUGCCAAACAGCUGUUUACUGUGUUCCUACCAGGAGAAACUCCAGCCAUGGCGAUGGGCUAUCCCUACGCCUCCCUCGGCCGAGAGCUCAAGAGAAUGAAAACAGCUCACAAGUUGACCACUGAGGAACUGGACAAGUUGGUUGUCUACAAAAAAGGCAGGGGUCCUAACAGAGGUAAACCUAAGGAUGGAGGGAGUGGAGGAGGAGGAGGGCUGACUCCGCCCCAAAACAGCAGCCUCCUCCGCAAGACCCGAAGCCAGGCAGCGACGACAAGUCUGAAGACGGAGGAAGAGGCCCUGAACAACCACUCCUCCUCCUCCUCCUCCUCCUCCUUCCCAGCCGCCUCCUCCCGGCAGCGAAGAAAAGGUAAGUGGAGACGGAGCGGACAAGAAGGGAGGAGAGGGAGGGAGAGGGGGAGGAGGAAGAAUGGAGAUGGGGCAAGCACUGCACCUGAGAAGUGGCCUGAUGCCAUGCCAAAGGAGUGGGUCCCUUCAAUCAAGCGUGAUCGAGAGGCGCUAGCAAGCAUGAGCCCCCAGCAGCCUUUGUCUGAUGCCUAUAUCUCGGGAAUGCCAACCAAGAGGAGGAAGACGGAGGCAGAGGAGCUGUUGUCAGGCGGCGAGCUGAUGGAGAAAUCUCUCCGAUCAGCCAUCGCUGAGUCUGGGGCCACACCCUCUUCCGGAGUCACUGUUGAUGCCAUAGUUAACGAGGCCAGUGCCUGUGGUGGACUGGUGGAGGAGCUGGACCAGGAGCUCCAGAAACAGCUGAAUGAGAGACUGAAGAAUGACCCCGACUACAACCCACGCCAGUUCCCUGCCUCGGAGAAGGUCUUUGAGCCUGGCAAGUAGGCCAACAGGCUGCCUGAAUUCUUCGACCCUGACAUCCUAGGGAUAUUUUUGCUAACGUACUAAUCUCUUUUGCACGGUUGACUGCACAACACUUUAAAAACUUGAACUGAAGUGUAUCAUUUACCUUUUGACUGAUUUGCACACUGUUGAAUUGUGUUUGUGGAAAAUGAUCACAAAGUUCCUGGCUAUAUACCUUGGAGGCAAGAUUCUAGUGUAUAUACCUUGGUGACAGAUAGACCAUGCUUUAGGGGGUUUGUUCAUGAACUCUAUCUGGAGUGUAAGAGAGUGCUGGUUUGAUCCUGUAGCCUUUCCGUUUGGGCAUGUGUGUCUGGAGAACGUGAGGCCACUCGUGACCUCUGUACACAUCCAGCAGCAUGCUUGUCAGUUGAUAGGGAGAUUGAGGUUGUGGGGUGAAGGUUUGGUGAACUCCAUGAACCUAGAGAUGGGGAGACGAGCUGUCUCCAGCCCAGCCACUCUGGCUCUGUGCAGUGUCAGAUUCUUGCUGGGUGAUGAGCGGUCCACGAUUCCGCCAACGACGUACACCUUGCACCUGUCAACUUCCUCUAAAUCGUGUUCAGAGUCUG